AUGGCAACCCGCACAUCCGCUACCACCGACACCGAAGCCGAGGAGCCUGUGGCUGCUGCGCCAGAAAAUAAGCAGUCCUCGGCUCUCGUCGCCGCAGGGCCAAACUCUGCCUACCCCACCCGCAUGGAAAAGGAUGACUCAGACCGGGAAGGAGAGGACGACGAAGUUUACAAGAAGUUGUAUGCAAAAAUGGAAGCGAAAAUUCGAAGGAUGUGCACGCCCUCCACGACGACUGGAAGGCUUACGGCAGCCCCGGACCUCUUAAAGGACUGGAAGGAGAAAGGGUACAAGAGGAUCCAGUUGGUCAAGCUCAUGAUCGAAGCCGAGGGUGACAAGGCGGCUUUCACUCAGAAAGUGGAGUCCUGGCGGAAGACGGAGCAGUUUCGAAAAGUCGUGCACAAGGUGAAAGAGUUCUGUGAGAAGAACAACUUCGUGCGGCAGAACCAAUAUGAUGUGGACGAGCUCGAGUAUUGGGUGGAUUUCAGGACCGAAGGCUCCCGUGGCAGCAAUGAGGUCGAUGGCUUUAUGGAGUCUCGGGUGGGCGACACCUCGGGUUCCUCUGGCUUUGCGGCUGCUGCAUUGGACGAUGCUCCGAUGCCGGAUCAAGCUAUGAAUGGGCCAAGUGCAGCCGGGGUUCGGCAGGAUCAAGGGCAGGGUGCUGCCGCGGUCGCUAAGCUGAUGGACGAGGCCCUCACAACCCGCAGCAAGCUGGACAAACUUAUUGCCAAGAUGAAGAAAGACAAUGCAAAUGGCUCGGACAUCACCAGCAUGGAGGGCUGUGUCGAGAAGCUGGGCACAUUGUACGAUGACUUGGCAGGAAUCCAGGCUGAGGUGAAGGUCAAUGGCAUGAGCUCGGGGCUUCAGCAGCAGCUGGACGAGAAAAGCAAAGCCGUGAAGCGCCAGUGCAUGUGUGUUUUGGCCGUGUCCUGCGAACUGAAGAACAAGUCGUUGAAGCGCAAGGACAUGGAGGAGAAAGAGAAAACGGUUGCUGCAAAGAACAUCGUCGAGAGGGCCAGAGCCUCCAAAAGCGAUGGUGAUACAUUGUGCGACGCUUGCAGAGCUAUUGCUGAUGUCCCUGAUGGUCACGGGGAGUCGGGUGUCUACAAGGCCCUGGUAAAGACGAAGCUUCUAGUGACAGUACCAUGGACAUACGCCAACAUCGGAGCGGGCCCUCUCGAGAAGCACCCUUGUUUUCGCCCCAGGGAUUUCAUAGAUACUUUGGCACAAUUGAAUCGAUUCCAUUGUGUUGUGGGUACGGACCUGGCAUCUGCGCCGGCAGUACUGAAAGAUUUUUGGUACAACUUCAAGAACCAAUUCUCCAGCCAUCCUAUUGCAACAAUGACUGACCUGGACACAGAACACCUUGUGCCGCUAGUUCUUCAUGGGGAUGGCGGGCGCACAUAUAAGAAGUCGGAGCUCAUGAUCCUUCAAUUUCAGCCUGCUAUAGGUGCGGGGACUUCCAAGUCCAGGGCAUCUUCGAGGAAGCGCAAACUUGAGAAUGAUACGGAUGCUGCUGCUGUGAACCUACUGGGCCAUAGUCUGGCUACAAGGUUUCUGAUGAGUGUGCUGCUGAAGAAGUAUUAUAUCGAGGAUUCUGCACCUCUUCAGUCUCUCCUCGGGUUUAUUUCCGACUGGUGUGGGGAUCUUUGGGAGAAUGGCUAUGAUUACCAGGGGCAGAUCUGGCGAUUCCUCCCGAUAGGCCUUAAGGGAGACUUAGUCUUCCAAGCGAAGGCUGCAAAUCUGCUGCGAGCGUUCACCCGUGUCCGAAAGAAGGCCAAGACUGCCAAUUCUAAACCACUCAGUGGUUGCUGCCCGUGGUGUCUUGCUGGCACAGAAGCUAUCGCCUUCGAAUGUUUUGAUAAAGCUGCUGCCUGGAUGCAAACUACGGGGGCCCGGAACCCAGCGCCCUGGACGGAGCUGCCGCAAAUCCUCCGAGCAAUCCCCACAAGCCCUGACCAACCGUCUUUCUUGAAACCCGACCUCUUCCACAUCUUGCAGAUGGGCAUAUACAAGGAGUUUGCAGCGAGUGGGCUCUGCUUGCUGUUGCCGCAUUGUGGUGGAACCUCUAAUGAGGAAAAUAUGCGACAUAUGAACCGCUAUCUUGCGCAGCAUUGCAAGGAACAGAAAGUCUCGCUGCACAUGCAGAAGCUUAGUCUGGAUCUUAUUGGUGCCAAAACACCCACCACAUAUGCUUGUGGUGGGUGGAACAAAGGACAGGAUUCGGUGAUUUUGAUGGGCUUUGUGCUGUGGCUGCUCCGUGGCUAG